UAUUAAAUGAGAUAUCCUUCUUUAUACAUAAAUUGUCUUAACAUUUCGUCGAAUUAUAUCGAAUCAUGACAACGGAGGAAACUUUUGAACAGUUCGAAGAUGAGGAGGCAGAAAUCCCGAUCGGUGGAACUUUGCCCGGUGGUAGGAAGAGGUUGUUUUCGAAGGAAUUACGCUGCAUGAUGUACGGUUUCGGGGACGAUCAAAAUCCUUAUACAGAGAGCGUGGAUUUGUUAGAAGAUCUCGUCAUCGAAUUCAUCACGGAAAUGACACACAGGGCUAUGGAAAUCGGCCGUACUGGCCGUGUUCAAGUAGAAGAUAUUGUAUUUCUAGUUCGAAAGGAUCCAAGGAAAUAUGCAAGAGUGAAAGACCUCCUAACAAUGAAUGAAGAAUUAAAGAAAGCUAGAAAAGCAUUUGAUGAAGUUAAAUAUGCAGGUACCGUCAAUCAGUAAAUUUCACUUGACAUUCUGUCAAUGUUCGAACAUAUACAACAGGAGUUUUAUUUUGCUUGAAUUUAUUAGUUUUUUUUAAGAUCUGCAUUAAUUGUUUCAUUCAUUUUUGCAAGCUUUCUUCUUAAAAAGAAGAACCACUUUUAUAACUAAGCAGAAAUUUUAGAACUGUGUUUAUCUUCGAAAUUACGCAGUACUGUCAUUAUGAAUAAGUACAGCGUUGCAGUAGUUGUCUAAUCAUGUUUUAUUUACAAGUAUGGAAUGCCACGUGCUUGCUGCAUUUUAAUGAAUACUUCAUGCUUGCUUCUCUAUUUUAUUAGGAAAUUAUAUACACGUAACAUAAAUAUUUUAUUCUGUGAACAUGUCUAUACUUUUGUGGUUUUUUAAGUAGCAAUACGUAUUAUACCGCAGAAUUAUUUAAUGAAUGCUGUUUUUUGUUUUGUGACAAUUUGUAGUAUCAUGUUUAUGUACAUAAAUACAGAAUACA